AUGUCUUGCGCCGGCAAAGUCGCUGUCAUCACAGGCGGGUCCAAAGGUAUCGGACGAGCCGUGGCCGAGCAGUUUGUCGCUCUCGGAGCCAAAGUCGUUAUCAACUACUCUUCUGAUUCCGCCGCAGCCGAUGAGGUCGUUCAAAAAUUGGGACGGGAUAAUGUCCUCUCUACCAAAGCGGAUGCGGGCUCAGUUGCUGGCACAAAGCAGAUUGUCGACGAGGCAGUUGCCAGAUUCGGAAAGAUUGAUAUCUUGAUUCCCAACGCGGGGUGGAUGCCGAUGGCGAAUCUUGAGGCAGUUACCGAGGAUUUGUUUGAUAGAAUAUAUGAAAUCAACGUCAAGGGACCAUUAUUCUUGGCUAAAGCGGCUGUACCACACAUGCCCGAAGGAUCACAUAUCGUAUUCAUCAGCACAUCGCUAUGUCACGCCGGCACCAUCAUGCCGCCCCAGCUACUAUAUUGCUCUACCAAGGGAGCCAUUGAGCAGUUCACUCGCAUGCUGUCCAGGGAUCUUGCGCCAAAGGGCAUUGUCGUGAAUUGUGUGGCUCCUGGACCGACGGCCACUGAGUUAUUUAUGAGGGGAAAGCCGGAUGCUCUUGUUGACGCUAUCAAAAAGCAGUCGCCAUUCAAUAGAUUGGGGACACCAGAAGAGAUUGCUGAAGCGAUUGUUUAUAUGUCGGGGACUUCUUGGGUGGCCGGUCAGACGCUGAAGGUCAAUGGCAGUUUGAUUUAG